CUCCUCGGACAAUCUAGUGCAAAAGUUAUACCUUACCAUGUUUUGUCGGCAAAAUACAAUUGAAAAGUCGUUUUAAGUUUUAGAAGUAAUUUGUCGUUGUUCUUGUUCAAAAAGUGAAGGCUACAGCUCGUCGAAGAAAUGACGAGCUGGCAGCUGAGCGCCAAGGAGGAGAUGGUGGAGAAGUUCCUGGACGCGGCGUCCCGGGGAGACACGGCUCAGGUGUCCUUGCUACUGUCUCACGCCCCCUCGCUCCUCAACCGGGCGGGACACAGCGGCUGGACAGCGUUGAUGCUCGCCGCUCGCAACGGCCAUCAGCCAGUGGCGGAGGCUCUGCUGUCACAUGGCUGCGAUAAGUGGUCGGUAAACAGCUCGUCACAGACCGCCUACGACAUUGCCCGCUUCUGGGGCCACAAGCACAUCUGGGUCCUGCUGGGCGGGCCCCAGGAUGCCCAACUCAGCCCGCACGAGAACUACUUCAGCCGUGAGACAUUGGACCGCCUGAGCAGCAAGAGGACUGACGCCGCCUGGCUGGAGGCCAAAAAGACACAUCCUGCCUCCGUCUUCCUCCUCUUCUCUGGCCUCAGUCCCAUGGUGGGCAGCUCCCGGGAGGAUGGCGCCGUGGAGCUGUGUCGCCUCACUUACGACGUCGUCAAAGAUCUGCUCCGGAGGGAGGACACUUUGGUGGUCUUCCUGGGGGUGGACCGAAGCAAAGCCGAGCCUCCUGCCUGGUUCGCCAUCAGCACAGAUGAGGAUGCCACGGUGCUCCUUCAGCGCUGCCCGGGAAGGAAGUGCUCCUUCCCAAAGUCGCCCCGCAGAGACCUGCUGAUGCUCAGCGAGGAAGACGCCGGCGUGCUGGCGCCGGCCCGGUCGCUGCUGGCGUGGCACAGCCGCUACGGCUUCUGUCCCACAUGUGGGAGUGGCACCCAGGCGGAGGAGGGGGGGCACAAGAGGAGCUGCCGAAACUCCGCCUGCAAGAGCCUGCAGGGAGUUCACAACACCUGCUACCCCCGCAUUGACCCAGUGGUCAUCAUGCUGGUCAUCCAUCCUGACGGAAACCAGUGUCUGCUGGGCCGGAAGAACAUCUUUCCAAAAGGAAUGUUCUCUUGCCUGGCCGGAUUCGUAGAACCUGGUGAGACGCUGGAGGUGGCGGUGAGGCGGGAAGUGGAAGAGGAAAGCGGCGUGAAGAUGGGAGCGGUCCGCUACGUGUCGUGCCAGCCGUGGCCCAUGCCCUCCCAGCUCAUGAUUGGCUGCCUGGCCGUCGCUGUGACGACAGGAGUCCGGGUGGACCACGAGGAGAUUGAGGAUGCCCAAUGGUUCCCCCGGCAACAGACACGUGGUGACGGACAUAUGCCGGCAGGUGAUGGAGGCACUGCUCAGAGGGUCCAGCGGAGGCCUCGUCCUCCCUCCCAAACAGACCAUUGCCCACCAGCUCAUACGACACUGGAUCGGCUCCAGCGCCAACCUGUGACACCCCAGGCAUCACGUGCGUCAGUAUUUGUACACUGUUCUGACUGGAAUCUUGCAUUUAUUGUAGCUUUCGUUUAUUGCCUCACAUGUCAUGAAUAAAUGUGACUGACCACUUGCUGGGUCUUCAGGUGCUGCUGCAGCUCACCGCGUCCACCACCGGGGGCGCCAACAGCCACUCUAGAUAGCAUACCACCUCUGGCCUGAUGCACAAGACAAAAUCUCAUUAGUAUCAUUAAACGCUAUUUCAAUAAAGACGUCUUCAAGGUCACAGGAAGUAGAUCUUUGUGGACAGGAAGUUGCAAAUAAAACAUCCAAAAAAUGAUCAACUGACUUUUUAGGAGGAAAUGCACCAGAAAAUAGCAAAAAAACAAAUGUUUAAUAUUUCUUCUUUUUUCUGCCAAAGCAAUACUUUAGUUCUCUCUGCUUCUCUCAUAUAGAAAACCACAAAAAAUGUACACAUAUUAAAAAAAAUGACUCACAGACCAAGAGACAACAUGCACGCCCCACACACACACACACACAAUAAAGCAAACAUGAAACUAAUGAAAGUUAAACAAAACAAGCUGAUGUGAUUGUUACAUCAUGCACUUACACACACACACACACAGAAAGACAAAGAAAAAGCAAAGGAGGCUCGUCACGGUGCUUUGCGUUGAUUUCGGCUUAUUUACACAGAAAGACCGCUUUGGGGGUGGAGCGGGUCCAAACAAGUCUGAGUGGAUUCUUUGCACACAAGAUGGCAACGGAACUCCUCUAAAACAGGAGAGCCUCGCGUUCCUUCCACCUUCACAGUAAAAGCAUGAUGCCGCUCAGGUUCAUCUCAUGAUUUCAAUGACAUGUCAAACAAAACAAAACAAAACAAAAAAGACUUCCCAGUUUGUGGAGGCUUUUUUUGCCUCCACGCGUUCAAUCAGAAAGAGGUUGAAAGAGGUUAUGAGAGUGUUGACUUCUUCUGACCGUUGGAAGGCAUUGCUUUGGUUGGAGCGUAUUGCUGAGAUGGUGUGUGUGUGUGUGUGUGUGUGUGUGUGUGUGUGUGUGGCUGCAGGUGGCGCCCUGCGCUUUGGCAGCGGUUGAUGAUCAGGGGUGGGCGGGUGCAUAGACCAAGCUGGGGGACAGGAAUCACUCCCACGGCUCCACCGCGCUCACGUCAGGUAGGUGGAGGAGCGUCGUUUGGGGUGAGGGGGGUUGUGUUAUUUGUUUCGCAGCAGCUCCAGCUGGUCCUGGUACUCAGUGAACAGUCUCUGGAAGCGCAGGUUCUCCCCGAUGACGGGCAGCACCUCCUGUAACAGCUCCCGCUUACGUAGCCCCUGAAUGCACCACACGGAGAAGACAGGUUUGAAGGUCAGGCGUGGAAACUAACCUUUGCAGGAAGUGUGUGUGUGUGUGUGUGUGUGUGUGUGUGUACCGGUACCAUGGUGGUGGUCUCCCAUGCGGUCGCAGCUGAUUUGUGUACAGGACCCAGCAGCUCCUUGCAAAGUUCUCGCAGUCUAAACUCUGAGCCUGAAGAGAGAAGAGAAGACAAAGCACAUGCACGUGCGUCAUGGCUGAUUUGGUGGGAUUGUCAGGUGUUUGCUACCUUCGUUGACGAGGAAGCGGGCGUAGAUUAGCAGCCAGUAGCGGUACUCCUGCGCCGACUGCAAGGUGAGUGCCGAGGCCAGCUGGUUCUCCAGGAAGGCCAAGGUCAUGCCCUGCUGCAGGUGGUGCGGCGUGGCGGAGAGGCGGGACGCCAUGCGACCGGCGCUGCGGGGGGGGGGGGGGAGACAAACGAGAAAAGCAAGUCAUGUUUUGAAUCCACCCGUUGACGGGAUGAUGAGGUCUCGUACUUGAGGUUGCGUCCCUGCAUGGUGGCCAGAGGCCCUGAGGAGCCCGGCGCGUCCUGGGUGGGAAGGCAGCUCCUGAAGUCGGCACACUGGACCAGACAAUCUCCUCGAUCCGCUAUCAGGGUCCUGAAGGGCCCAAAGUGUCAUUUGGGCUGUGCUUUAUUGUCAACAUGCGCACGCAGACAAACGGAGCAUUUUGAGUCUCACCACGUCUCCAGAGACGAGCUGAAGCAGAAAGACUUCCCGUUGGACAGGCCGAUGACGGGGACGCCCUGCUGAGUCAGCAGGGACUGGGACACGGUCGCCUCAGAACCUACACACACACACACACACACACACACACACACGAAUAUUAUGAUGAGGGCGGAGUUUCCAGCAGGAAACAGGAAGUAGCAGGGGAGGUCCCACCUGAUAAAAUGGUCAUGAGCGACUCGUUCUUGACCAGAGCCUUCUGCUUGUGCACGUCCCACACGGACAGCGUCGCCCCGGCCGUCAGCGCCAUGACGAAGUGGGCAGCGCAGUUGAGGGCCGACACAGGCGCCGCCAACUGGAUGGACGGAAGGAGGCGGCGGCCGCAGGAGGAGAAGACGGACAGCAUCCUGU